CAAACGCGCCGCCCUCCCCCACGCCGCCCGCCCUUGCUCCUGGUGCAGUCUGCCCAUUAGUAUUUCAUGGAAGUGCUGCAGCCCCAUUCCUGGGCAGCCGGAGCAGAGGCUGAGUCCUACAGGCGCCAUCGCCCACCCAGCACGGAGCCCACGCCGCUGGGGCUGGGCUGGGGAGGGAGAGGUGUCCAACUCUCUCUUUUGGGAAGUGAGACGCUGAGGCCUGAGGGUUUGUAGCGACUACAACAGGCCCUGGGCACCUAGAUAGGCGAGCAAUAAAAACUUGGCGGAGUCCAAGUCUUGGGAAGAGGGAAAAAACGACGGAGGGGGCGGGGCAUACAGGCCAGCCGCAGACCCCGCCUUUUGGAACGCUGACGUCAUCCCCCGGUCCCGCCCCUCAUUGUCAGUCCCGGGGAGCCCAAGGAGGCGCCGGCCGCCGGGAGCAGAGCGCCUGAACAGUCGGCGGGCUGAAGCGCGGGCCGGAGCCGCGGAGGUCAAGAGGCAGCUGCCAUGGAAAGAUAGAGUGAGUGUCCAGGACACUGAGCACUGGGGGAGCAUCUAGAAGCAUUUACAGAAAAGCUUAAAUUACCUAAAUGACUGAUAAUGGUCCCCAGCUGCCAGAGAAGGUUGUGGAUGCAAAGAGAAAGGUAACCAUCUCUCAUGCCCUUGAGGGGAACUGGAUACCUCUAGGAGCCCACACUGGCUGGCAGUAGACAUGGCUGAGUUUACAAACUACAAGGAUGCUGCCUCCAGCCGCCUCCUGCGGUUUAAGCUACAGAGUCUAAGCCGCCGCCUUGAUGAGUUGGAGGAAGCCACAAAAAACCUCCAGAAAGCAGAGGAUGAGCUCCUGGAGCUCCAGGACAAGGUGAUUCAGGCGGAAGGCAGCAACUCGAGUAUGCUGGCCGAGAUCGAAGUGCUGCGCCAGCGCGUGCUGAGGAUUGAAGGCAAAGAUGAGGAGAUCAAGAGGGCAGAGGAUCUGUGCCAGCUGAUGAAGGAGAAGCUGGAAGAGGAGGAAAGCCUCACCCGGGAGCUGAAGUCGGAGAUUGAGCGGCUCCAGAAACGCAUGGCCGAACUGGAGAAACUGGAGGAGGCCUUCAGCCGGAGUAAGAAUGACUGUACCCAGCUCUGUCUGAGCCUGAAUGAGGAGAGAAACCUGACCAAGAAAAUCUCCUCGGAGCUGGAAAUGCUCAGGGUCAAAGUGAAAGAACUGGAGUCUUCUGAGGACCGCCUAGAUAAAACUGAGCAGAAUUUAGUGUCCGAGCUGGAAAAGCUGAAAUCCUUAACUCUGAGCUUUGUAAGUGAGAGAAAAUACUUGAAUGAAAAGGAGAAAGAAAAUGAGAAACUGAUAAAAGAGCUCACUCAGAAACUGGAGCAGAACAAAAAACUGAACCGAGAUUAUACAAGGAACGCUUCUAAUCUCCUGGAAAGGAAUGACCUACGGAUCGAGGAUGGGAUCUCAUCCACACUACCAUCCAAAGAGGCGAGGAGGAAGGGCACUCUGGACUAUCUCAAGCAGGUAGAGAAUGAAACAAGAAACAAGUCCGAAAAUGAAAAGAACCGAAACCAGGAAGACAAUAAAGUCAAAGACCUUAACCAGGAGAUUGAGAAACUGAAGACACAGAUCAGACAUUUUGAAUCUUUGGAAGAAGAGCUUAAGAAAAUGAGGGCCAAAAAUAAUGACCUUCAGGAUAAUUACCUAAGUGAACAAAAUAAAAACAAACUCUUAGCCAGCCAGCUGGAGGAGAUCAAGCUACAAAUCAAGAAGCAGAAAGAGCUGGAGAAUGGGGAGGUGGAAGGGGAAGACGCUCUCCUGUCCAGCAAAGGCAGGCACGAGAGGACUAAGUUUCGAGGCCAUGGGAGUGAGGCGUCUGUGUCCAAGCACACGUCCCGGGAACUGUCCCCUCAACAUAAGCGGGAGAGGCACCGAAACAGGGAGUUUGCUCUCAACAAUGAAAACUAUUCCCUGAGCAACAGGCAGGGUUCCUCUCCCAGUUUCACCAACAGGAGGGGAGCCAAAGCUCCCAACACAGGGGCAGGUACCGACGGUGGGACUCAGGAGACGAGGAGAACUGAAGAUCGAUUUGCGCCUGGCUCCUCUCAGAGCGAAGGGAAGAAGUGCCGGGAGCAGCCGUCCGUGCUCAGCCGCUACCCGCCAGCUGCUCAGGAGCACAGUAAGGUGUGGAAGGGCACUCCCAAGCCAGGUGCUGAGAGCGGGCUGAGGGGAAGAGUAGAGAAGACGACGCGAACAUUUAGCGAUAGCACCCAUGGACCUGUCCCCAGUGACACACUGGGUAGAGCUGACAGGGCUUCUGACACCUCCGCUGAGGCCCUCUUUGGCAAGAGGGGGCAGGGGCCCAGCAACGGGAGUCAAGUGACUCAGGCCGCAGACGCUGGCAGUUCUAAGCCCAUUGGAGCUCUGGCCUCAUCUCGAAGACCCUCCUCAGAAGGGCUCUCUAAGGGCAAAAAGGCUGCCAGCGGCUUGGAGGCUGACACCAGUUCCCCAGAUGCCAAGGCUCCACUUUUGUCAAAGUAUCCUUAUAGCUCCAGAAGCCAGGAGAACAUCCUGCAGGGCUUUUCAACCCCCAGUAAAGAAGGAGUCGAUCCACCCAUAGCAGUCGUGACGGAGGACAGCAGCCAGCACGAGGCCCUGAGGUGCCGAGUCACCAAACCCGGUGGCAGAGAGAAGCUAGACUCAGAUGACGACAUGGACGCGGCAUCUCUUGUGACUGCCAAGUUGGUAAACACAACCAUCACCCCGGAGCCAGAGCCCAAACAACAGCCCAACCCUAGAGAAAAAGCCACAUCUCGAGGGGGGCUCCGAACCUGCCUGUUUGAGGAUGAUAAAGAUGUUGGGACGGAAAAUGAAUCGGUGAAAGCUGUCAGAGCCUCCACCAAUGCCGCGGAGUUCCCAGAGGCCCAUGGUGCUGGGGCAAAAAGCCAGCGGCCCUUCAGCCCCAGAGAGGCCUUGCGGUCUAGAGCUGUCAUCAAACCUGUCAUCAUUGAUAAGGAUGUGAAAAAAAUCAUGGGAGGGUCUGGAACCGAGGCCACACCGGAGAAACAGAAAUCGACCUCCAAACCGGGGCCAAACAAAGUGACGAGCAGCAUUACUAUCUACCCCUCUGACAGCAGCAACCCGAGAGCCGCCCCAGGCGAGGCCCCGCGGGAGCGGCACACGUCUACCAGCAACAUCCAGGUUGGGCCACCAGAGCUCACAUCGGUUAGCAACCAUGUCAGCUCCCCCUUUGAGCUCUCCAUUCACAAACAUGACAUCACCCUGCAGUUCCCAGAAGCUGAGAGGAUGGGAGAUGGGCCCCUGAAGAACAGGCCUGAAACAGUGGUCUCCCGGAGCAGCAUUAUAAUCAAGCCAUCGGAUCUUGUGGAGAGGAAUAACCACGCAUCCCCCGCGGAGCUAAUCAGGUGGAAAAGCCACAGCGCCCCUUCAGAGGGGAGCUCUGCAGACGCCAGGCAUGUUACUGUGCGGAACGCCUGGAAGAGUAGACGAGACCUGAACUCUUUAGAAGACGCCCCAACUCGAAUAGGUAAAAAUGUGGAGUCCACCAACGCCUACACCCAGAGGUCUUCCACAGACUACUCAGACCUUGAGCAGCCCAGGUUGCACCUUUCUGAGCAGGGCACUCGAAGGGUAGGCAAUUCAGGGGAUGCCCCCGAGCUCUCCUCCCGAAGGACCCAAAGUAGCCUCACCGUGUCGGAGGUGCUCACUCGUCGGCAUCGGGUAGGAGACGCUGCCCCGGCUGCAGCCUGGAACCACUCGGCAGACACGGAGGAAGGCGAUGACUGCACACUCAGUGUCUACAGGCGACCGCACAACGCCCUGGAACGGUCGGACCUGCCUGUGAAGCAGGGGCUGUCAGAGGCGGGGCGAGGACGGGGCGAGGAGCGCUUACGGCCUAGCAGGCCCUGCGCCGAGGAAAACUGAGCCAGCGGGGCGAGGUCUCCUGUCUCCUCGGCUCUUCCACCUUCCCGCCCUGAGGGAUCCACGGCCACUGAACCAGGCCCGACAGCAGGCCGUGGCUGGGAGACUGGCAGCGCCGGGCUGUGGCUCAGGUCAUUUUUGCCAGGUGGCCAGAGGGGACCAGAAAUGACAAGCUGGACAGAAUCACCCAGGCCCAGCCUUCCCUGAUUGAUGCAUGAGCCCUCUCUCCUUGUCCCUGUCCCCCAGGUAGGAUGGGCCACCGGCCCCCAAAUGAUAUAGAAACCCCUCAUAUCCCCGCCACACAACAGCAGCCCCUUCCGUGUGGUUAGCGUUCUGAAUUCUUCGUCUCUUUUCCACUUCCAGUCCACUCCUUGUCUGCCAUCCGGGCCUAAGUACCUACCCUACAACUUAGCAGCCAUUAGCGCCAUCUGGGGUCUUCCAUUCCUUUUCCCUUUAGUUCUCAGACUUUCACAGGAGGUCUGUGCUGCCUCUGAGGGAUUAUGGGACUAUCCAUUAGGCUGAAGCUUCUCCUACCUGGCCCCCUUGCUGACCGGUUCUCUGGGUACUCACCUAUUGGAAUGACACCAUCCCCCCAACCCCAGCUCUCCGCUCUCCCCCAAAGGCACCUGGCAGCGCACAAGCCUCAUGCGUCUCCUUCCUGGGCACCAAUAAUGCUGCUGGCCAUGCCUGCUCCUCUCGUGGCUGGAGACUUCAGGCUGACUUCCUUCCCACCUUCAGACACGCCCAGACUAGCCUGGGCCUGACCCACAGCGCACUCUGCCUUCUAGGAAGCGCCCAGCAAGGGGGGGAGUGGACAGCAGAAGUGAUGUCCCUUUAGUCAACUCCACAAAGCAAUAGCUCCACAAAAGGCAUGGACUUUGUUCCUCCUCCUUCACUCCCACGGAGGAGGUAUCGCACUUUACCAAGCGGAUCAUUCGGACAGGAGUGGGUCCAUGAUUUCUGCAAACCACCUGUCAUGACGACUUCAUGGGAGGAAAGGUAACACACGCCCAUCAGGGGCCCAGGUUUAUACAAUUCAAAAUGCAGCAAACUUUUCAGGAAGCCACAUAAGUAAAAACUGUUAGUUAUCAUAUACGAUUCACAUGGGGAAGUUAAAAAGAACCAUAUGUUCUCGACACUGCUUUUUCUGUAGUGUUUUCUUAGUUCAAAGAAGGGAUCCCCUUUCAAAGGUGACCUUUCUGAAGCAGACACUGUUCCUUCAUAGUGAAAGACAGCAUCAGACUAGGAGUCAGGAAAGCUGCAUUUUCUUCAUGGCUCUGUACCUUCUGUAUGACUCUGGGCAAAUUAGUGUCCUCUUGGGGCCUCAGUUUCCCUAUCUGUAAAAUGAGUUAAUUGAAAUGAUUUCUGAGGGUCCGCAAUCUGGCAUUCUAAGAUUUUCCCUCCCACUGCCUUUGAUUGCUUUCCUGGGCCCUCAUUCUUUAGUUUCCUCACGUUUUAAUGUCAUGAGGUUGAGCUCAGAGACACUCCCUUGGCCUCGUUUUUCCAGCCUGCAAAAUGAAGGGGUUAGAUUAGCUGGUCUGCGCGGCCCUUUCUGGCACCAACCUUGCCCAAUGCCACAAAGUAUCUCCUGGCGCCCAGGCCAGAUACUUACCGUAACACAAGUUGGUGUCUCCUGUUCCUGUGCUGAGUCGUCUUCGCUGCCUCCACUCAGCGUGGGAACCAGCGCCCGUCCUGCCCUUGUCUGCAUCAGACUUGGCAAUCCUGGAGGCUCUGGGAGCACCUACCUUACCUUCAGGGACAGGAACGUUUUGCUUGUAUUUCCAUUUUCUGGAGUUUUGCCAAUCUAAGGGCAUUGUCAUGGACUUGCCUUUCCUUCACAUUGCUGCCUCAGAUGUUCAACUUCAGAUGCUGUUCUCAAAAUCUCAUCCUGCUGCUUCUGGGUCACUAGCCAGAAACUAGUUUGCUCAAGACUGCAACCUCUCGCUUCCAGACUCCCUGCCAUUGUUCACUGGUUGGCAAACCUGAGAGUUGAAAGGAAGCUGAGCUCUGGUGGUCAACUGAGGGCAUGGGAAACUGUCUGUGGCUCGUCUCUGCUGGUGGAAACAGAAGGGUGCCAAGCCAUGCCUACAAAGAUCUCGCCAAUAUUUUCUCGUCUUUGGGCUUUGGAGCCCUGGAUUCUGGUGCUGUAGCUCCUGGUGCCAAAGUCUGGAUCUUCCCACAUCUCAGCAGCACCAACAUCUGCCACUACCCCAAACGCUCUAUGGAAGAGGGACAGCUGUGGUGUCCUCUUGCUGGGGCUAUCUUAAAAUCUGAGUGCAAUAGGGUGUGACUGUAACAAUUACUUCAGGAUAAAUAUUUUGUUUUCAUCUGCACACUUUCUAGAACCGCUGUAAAAUAGAUAUAAAAAAUGUCAUCAGUAUUGCAGAAAACAUUUGUAAUAGCCAGUGAAGGCUGGAGGCUCAGCUCCCUUGGGCUUCUAAUGGCUUGCAAGGCUGGCUCUCAAAUUCCCAAGUUGGAAGGCACGUUUCUGAAAAGCAAUAGGUGUGACCAUCUGGACCUAGGCCUCACCAUCGGGGUCCUGGAGGAAACUUCCAGAUAAAGGGGAGACCUGGUAGUUGAAAAGUUGUCUAAUCAAGCCAAAUAUUCCAUCCCAGCCAAUAAACCCACUUUUGUGACAAGCCUCUUCUGCAGCUUGGCUCUAACUCUCAAUCUUACUGGCAGGUGUGUGGUUGUGGGAAGGUUCCUAGUGGGAGUGGGGAGCCUGGUACUCCACAGUUGGUUGAAGUAGAGCUGGCUAAAUGCCAGAAGCUGGUCGCUUGCCACUCUGAUACUAAAAACCACCAGAGAAAGCUGCAGGGAUGGGGGGGCAAAAAGAAGCGAUGGCUGUUUUUGCUCUUGAGUGGCAAUGAAAGUUAUAGUGUGGGUUAAAGGGAUUCGCAGUGGGGCUGGCCGAGGACUCCGGCCUUGGCUUCAGGCAAGCUUGCACAGAAAUCCCUCAUGGGUGUGGGAGGGUCUGUAUUGAUCUUGGGGUUGUCAUCCUGGGGUAGUUGUAGUUCUUUACAUUUAGUGGGUCAGUGCCAAGUGCUACCACUUCCCAGUGAAGGAAUAAGGACCCAGCCUCCAGUCCCCAGCUGCCUUUAUUGGUGUGGGGUUUUGUUGUUGUUCACGACUGCUUUGGAAGAGCUGCUUUUUAGGGAUUAUCUUUUAAAUACCCCGAGUGGGGAACAGGGUUCGUCUCAAAGCCUCACAACCAAGAUCAUAGGAAAGGGGCCCUAUUUUCCUGCUGCUUCACAGCUCAGAACAUGUACUGAAUGGAAUGUAUUUUUAAGAGAAUAAAGUCUAUUUUUUUGUAUUUUAAAGAUUGGGAGGGCUAGGGAAGUAGCCCUCAAAUAAACUGUACUGCAUUUUAGGCCCCUUGGUUAAGGGGCGUCAGUAUCUGUCGGUCAGCACACCUACUUGCUUAGGCGAGUGCUCGGGUCUCACCCCUGCCCCUCCGAGUCUCGGGGCAGCAGCUUCUCCUACAUUCCUGCUCCACGCAUGGGACCAAGGAGGCCGGACCCUGUCGAUGGAAACAGGGCAGAGCCAGGAGCAGUGACUCAGGGCUCCGUGGGUGCAUGUGUAUAGUGGAAGCUGCCUGUCUGCAUGUAUCCUCUGGCUCAAAUGCUGUCUGUUGGCUCUGCAGCACAGUAUGUAACCAAUAAAGCUCCCUCGUUUCCAUGUGC